AUGUCCAUCACAGACAUUGAUGGAGACGGAGAGGAGUCAGAGGUGGCAACAGACAAUGACAAUCUCACAUAUGAAGUGUCGUACUCCCGCAACUACUGGGAGGAUGAGGACGACAUCUACCAAGAGUUUGAGGAGUUGGACUUUGAUUCUCUGCCGGACCACUCUGACACCCGGAGCAUUGUGUCGGAUGAUUCCUUCUAUCCCCCAGAGUGUGCGGACAGGACAGGGCUGGCCCGCGCCGCCAGCCCAGACAGUCCAGAGCCCAUGUCCUUCUACAAGGCCUGCUGCAACAACAACGCCAUCAUCGUUAAGAUCAUGAUCCGCCAGGGAGUGAGCGAGGAGGAGGUGGCUGAGGCAGACAAGAACAGGAGUAGUGGCCUUAUGGCAGCGUGUUACCAUGGUUACAUCGAUGUGGUCAUGGCCCUGUCGCAGUGCCCGUAUCUGGACGUGAACUGGCAGGACAAGGAGGGCAACACGGCGCUCAUCACUGCAGCACAAGCAGGUCAUGCUUUCAUCACUAACUUCUUGCUGAACUACUUCCCUGGUCUGGACAUCGAGCGGAGGAACUGUCACGGCUUCACGGCUCUGAUGAAAGCAGCCAUGCAGGGCCGUGCCGAGUGUGUCCGAGCCCUCAUGCUGGCAGGGGCGGAUGUCCAAGCUCGGGAUAAUGGGCGUGGCCUGACCCCUCGGGAAUGGGCUUUGUUCACUGGACGACAUGACACAGCACAUCUCAUGACCUUGUUAAUGGCCCGGCCCUGUGCAGAGCAGUUCUGUGACACCUUCUCUCUGGAGUGGCCCUUGUUAGAGGAGCUGGUGGUUGAGGCAGAAAAGCCAAAACCCUGUUGGAAGCGUGUACUGAGCCUCUUCAGCUGCUGCCCUUAUAAGUUCUACGUGAUCAAUAAGAUCUCUCCGGUGGACGAUGGUGUCCUGGAGCACAUGGUGCGUGUCACCACCAGUAUCUGCAGCCCGCUCAUCGCCACAGCUGCCCACACCGUGAGCCCUGGGAGCCCUCCCCGCAUAGGCAGGAGGAGACAUGCGGUGCAGGAGAUCCUGAGGAGGAGGCGUCUGGCUGAGCUCAAGAACCUUGGUCCUGAGAGGCUGAACCACUACAAGAGGUUCUUCCAGAACUCCAGGGUGCAGCUGAUCCCUCGUGCCACUGACCGCAGGGCCAGUCUGCAGCCACAGAUCCUGAGCGACGUGGCUGCUGCUGCCUCCUCCAUGGCCAUGAGGAGGGCCAGUCUGCUGCCCCUGCACCUGCUGCGCAGAGCCAGUGUGCGGCCCGGCCUCAUCAUCCCCAAAGUGCGCCUCUGCAAAGCCUCCAACCCCAACUACAAACCUGACAAAGUCCGCAAGAGCCGCAACAGGAACCACCUCCAGUUGCCCAAGUGGGAAUAUAAGAUGAAGAAGAUAGAGAGGAAACAGGAAGAGGAGCGAAAGAAACUCCACAUAAAACGCAGUUAA